AUGGAGUGGUCCAAAAAUCUCCCCCAGUUCUCACGAGCUCAAGUCAAAUAUCUCGCGAAUACCGGAGUCCUCUUGGGUCAGGGCAACUUCGGUUCGGUAUACAAGAACUACACGGUUUGGGGCGAAAGUCUUCCCCCUGUGGUCGUGAAGGUCAGCAAAAAAAAAUACUUUAAGAAUGACCUCGAACAAGAAACCAAGUUCCUACAUUUGCUGGACGGUGCCGGGGGAGCACCCAAGCUGUUGGCAUAUUCUCUAGCUCUUCCAGCAAUCAUAACCACUUACACCGGCGACCAGACUUUGCGCCACCUCCUCCACAAGUCAAGGCGUGUUCUCUCCGAUACACUGCUGCUUGAGAUAGCAAUUAAAAUUGGCCAAAACUUAAUGGAAAUUCACGAGCUCAACAUCGUCCACAACGACCUUCACUGUGACAACAUAUUGGUCACCCUACCCACUGCCAAGCAAGAUUUGAAGGUGAGUAUAAUUGAUUUUGGUUUGGGAAAGAUGACCGGUGGGAACCUCGACGUGCGGCCCGGAACCGGUAAAAAUCAGUAUUGGAUGUGUCCCCAGGUACGUGUUGGUCACCCCAGUACCACCAAGAGUGAUGUCUAUAGUUAUGGGAUCAUCCUUAACCAGAUCCUGGAUGAACUGCAGAGUGAAAUAUCACAAGAACUGGCCGACUUGGUGCAAGCAACGUGUCUGUACAACUCUUGCGACAGACCACCCGUGUGUGCGCUCCUGCAGGAGCUACAGCGUACACUGGAGUACGUGAGACUCCAGGCUUCCUGA